GACUGCUAGUCUGAAAGCGAGAUCAGACUGAACAUGAGGGUGCAACUGCAUUUGGCUCCCGUAACGGUUGUUGAAUCGGUACACCUGCCAGCCUACUGCGUAUUCCAGACUCCGUACGGCCGUCGGCGACUCUCCGGAUCGUCGCUCGCUCGGUGGAGAAUGGCGCUGGUCGGAGUCAAGAAUGGGCAGAUUCAUUCAGUCCAUUGCCAGAUUGUUGCCGAGGGAUCCACCCGACGCUGCCAUCGUGAACAAUGGGGAAUCCGGGGCAGCAAACUGCAAGUGAGCCGAAGCCACCGAGUCAAUGGCUCGCUUACCGAACGAUUGAUGCUCAGAACGGUGCGGUUGAGAAGGAAACGAAGAAAUCUAGGUACUCGCUGGUGGAUCUACCACCAGAAAAAAAAGGAAAGUUGGCCAUGAGGCGAUCCACAACGAGGUCAUCGCCAGAAAAAACUAUGACGGAUGAACGAUCGAGUCGAGGAACGAAUCGAGUAUAAGAAGACCAGCGAGCGCAGGCUUCUCCCCUACCGCACUGCACAGGUCCAUCAUCCUCAAUUCCAUAUCUGCUACGAUGCGGCCCUAUUCCCACCUGGCGACCCUGGGUGCGCUCGCCACGUCCACUUUGGGACAGGCGCAACCCAGCUGGCCCUUGGGCAAUGGUUUCCAGCUAACCUGGCAGGACAAUGCGCCGGAACUCGCCUUCGAUAGGAACAACCAGACGAUCCUCACUACCGUGCCGGGUCAACCCUUCCUCAGUGCAAGCGCAGGCAAGGACAGAAUUGUCGAUGCGAACGGCAACUUCAAAAUCUCCAACGUGGACCGCAACCGCUGUCAGAGCCAGAAUGUGACCCGGGUCUCGCACGUCUCUCACGACAGGGGCUUGCACAGCCAGGCCGUCUCCAUGAAGGGUUUCCUGCUUGACUGUGGCAACGAAUCGGUCAGCUAUGCGAUCAACUUCUAUGUUCCGAGACAGCUUCCGGACCGUAUUGCCUUUGACCUGACCGUGGAUUCUGAACGAGAGGCUGCAGCACCUAUCGAAAGAAUCUACCUGACCCUCGGAUCCGAUGCUUCGGAAGACUUUUAUGGUCUCGGCGCCCAGGGCUCCUUUGCCUCGAUGAAGAACCAGACCGUUCCUAUCUUCUCUCGUGAGCAAGGAGUCGGUCGGGGUGACGAGCCGGUCACGUCCAUUGAGAAUGCUCAGAGCUUCUUCAGCGGAGGUAACCAAUUCACGACUUAUACCGCCAUCCCUCAGUAUAUCAGCACCCUUGGUCGCGUGUUCUACCUGGGAGAGGAGGACACGGCCUAUGCCGCCUUCGACUUCCGCGAGCCCGCCGCCGUCACUGUUCGCUACGACGCCCGGUCGGUCAGCGGUCACUUCAUGCAAGCCGAGAAUAUGCUCGCGGGAAUCACGAUGCUGACGGACUACGUCGGUCGCAUGCCUGCCUUGCCCGAGUGGGUGGAUCACGGUGCCAUCCUGGGUAUUCAGGGCGGCCAGGACAAAGUGAAGAAGAUCGUCAACCAAGGCUUUGAGCAGAACUGCCCGGUGGCUGGAGUGUGGCUUCAAGACUGGUCCGGAACUCACCUUCAAGAGGCCCCGUAUGGCAAGGUCAACAUCUCCCGCCUGUGGUGGAACUGGGAGUCUGACUCCGCGCUUUAUCCCCACUGGACCGAAUUCGUCCAGAGCCUGCGCGAAGAGCACAACGUGCGAACGCUGCACUACAUCAACCCUUUCCUCGCCAACGUGAGCUUGAAGGAGGAUGGAUAUCGUCGCAACCUGUUCCUUGAGGCCUCUCGAGGAGGCUACAUGGUGCAAAACGCCACCACCAACUCAACCUCGAUCAUCUCCAGCGGAAAGGGAAUCGAUGCCGGAAUCUUGGAUCUAACAAACGAGCACGCUCGCGCCUGGUUUGGCGACGUACUCCGCACGCAGGUCUGGAGUGCUAACGUCUCCGGCUGCAUGUGGGAUUUUGGAGAGUACACUCCUAUCUCGGCCGACACGAGGCUUGCCAAUGUCUCGUCGGAUGCUUUCUUCUAUCACAACCAAUACCCCCGCGACUGGGCUAUCUUCCAACGCUCGGUGGCCCAGAAAAUGCCUCUUGCAUCGGAAAUGGUCACUUUCCAUCGCUCUGCAUCUCUCGGAGCAAACCGACACAUGAACCUCUUCUGGGUGGGAGAUCAGACGACCGUGUGGUCGACCAACGACGGCAUCAAGUCGGUGGUAACCCUCAUGGGCCACAUGGGUAUGUCCGGUUACGCCCAUAGUCACUCCGACAUUGGCGGCUACACCACUGCCUUUGCACCGCCGACCAGCAACAGCUCCUCCGGGGCCAUCGCGCGCUCCGCUGAGCUGCUCGGACGUUGGGGCGAGCUGGCCGCGGUUUCUAGCGCUGUCUUCCGCUCGCACGAGGGCAACGUGCCCGAAGUGAACGCUCAGUUCUACACUAACUCCACGACCUACUCGUACUAUGCAUACAACGCCCGCUUGUUCCGUAGCCUGGGUCCCUAUCGCCGCCGGGUAUUGGACACCGACAGCAAGGUCCGAGGAUGGCCUUUGCUGCGUAUGCCCGUGCUUUACCACUCGGACGACCGCCGGGCGCGUGAGAUCAGCUACCAGAGUUUCUAUCUCGGAUCGGACCUCUACGUGGCGCCUGUCCUUGAUCCCGGACGCAAGUCGGUGGAGGUGUAUCUCCCCGGAACCGACCCCAAGCGAACCUACACUCACGUCUGGUCGGGCCAGACCUACCGCGCCGGACAGACUGUCCAAGUGGCUGCCCCGUAUGGAAAGCCUGCGGUGUUCAUCGUCAACCACGCGAAGAGCCCCGAGCUGGAUGUGUUCCUGAACUUUGUUCAGAAGGAGAACGGCACGGCGAUUCACGUCUAACCACCCUUGUUCCUGGACAGAUAGUCCAUCUUCGACGCAGAGCAUUUCUUUCAGCUUUGAAUCAAAAUUACAUAUAGACUCUAGCAAAACUAGUU